AUGAAAAUGAUCGAGAGACUUAUAAUACAGGAUGAGUACGACUGGAUAUGGUGGAUUGAUUACGACACCCUCAUCACAAACACAGAGAUCAAGCUUGAGGACCUCAUCGAUGACUCGUUAGCAAGUGUAUCUGACCCGGAUAGGAUCGAUAUGCUGUUGACUCCAGACUGCUUCAAAUUGAACGCUGGCGCUAUGCUGUUCCGCUCCACACCUCGUGCGCUGGCCUUUUUGUCCCGGACAGAAGCCUGCCGCUAUGAUCCCCUACCUGGUCUGGGCGAGCAUCCUUCUGAGCAAGACUGCAUGCUGCAGUUAAUCGAGGAAAAUCAGCACGGAGAGCAGGAGCAAGUACUAUACAUUCCUCAGUGGAAGAUGAAUGCCUUCCCAGAAGAGAUACCUUGUUACGAUCAGGACAAGAAAAUGUGGGAACCAGGGAUGUUUGUCGUACAUUUCGCAGGGGCCUGGGCGCAUAUGCCGAAUCGAACAGAUGCAAAAGCAGAUCUUUUCGAAAAGUACUACUCCUUGAUUGACAGUCAACGAGUUCUCUCGGCUUAA